CCACGUUUUGCCGGUACGGUACAUAUCUACACUCUCAUUUCUUCGGAGUAUCUAUCUGACAUAAAUCUAACCAAGACUCCGAAAUCUCUCAAAACGAAGUCAUCUAUGUAGGAUCGGGAAUUGUACGAGCCAUCCAAUCAUAAGACACCAGUCAGGAUACACAACCUCGUUGCCGAAGUCGGGAUCGGGAGCUCAUGUCUCACUGCCGUUUGACAGCUCUCCGAAGUUCACGUGCAGCUCACCCAUCCAUAUAUCCAACCUCACCAACCUUUAAACCCACAAGACCAUUCAUCAGCUUCCCCAAACCCACCAUCUCAGUCCCCAGAAACUCACCCACCAUGUCACGAACCUACGAAUCCGCCCUCCAGCACCUGGACUCCCUCACCUCCAACAAAGCCAUAACAUCCCGCUUCACCAGCAACCCUCCCGCAGCCCCCUCCUCCCAACACCCCCCCAUCUCCCUCAGCAACGAAAACGCGAUCCCGGAAAUGCUCGCGUAUGCCGAAAUCGCACACCUCACGCAACCCGCGCUCGCCCAAAUCCACUACAUCCACGUCGCAGGAACCAAAGGCAAGGGCUCCAUCUGCGCCUACCUAACCUCCAUCCUGACCUCCCCGCCCGCGGCCCCCGUCGCCGGGAAAGUCGGCACGUACACCUCGCCCCACCUCCGCAGCGUGCGCGAGCGCAUCCAGAUUAACGGACGUCCGAUCUCGCGGGAGCUGUUCACGCGCUACUUCUUCGAGGUCUGGGACUUUUUCAGCGCGCACACGCGCGGGGAAUCCGGUCGGUUGGGUACGAAAGGGGGGAUAGGUGUAAGUGUAAGUGAAGAAGACGUAAGCGGGCCGGUGGGAAAGCCGUUUUAUUUCCGGUUUCUGACGAUCCUGGCUUUCCACGCGUUUCUGAGGGAGGGGGUGAAGACUGCGGUGAUUGAGUGUGGGAUUGGCGCGGAGUAUGAUAGUACGAAUAUCUUGCCUGCGCAGGCGGUGACGGCGGGGGUGGUGGCGCAGUUGGGGCUGGAUCAUGUGGCGAUGUUGGGGGAGACGGUUCCGGAGAUUGCGUGGAAUAAGGCGGGGGUUAUGAGGGAGGGGAAGAAGUGUUUUACGAGGAAGUUGGGGGACGGGGUUGGGGAGGCGACGAUGGAGGUUUUGAGGAUGAGGGCGAGGGAGAAGAAGGCGGUUUUGGUGGAGGUGGAGGAUCGCGAGGUUGAGGAGUGGGGUGGGGUGGAUAGGGAUGGGAUGGGUUCCCUGGAGGGCGAUUUUCAGAAAUAUAACCAGGCGUUGGCGGUUUUGGCUGCGGGCGAGCAUUUGAGAGUUUUGGGAAUGAAGCCGGAUGCGAAGGUCGGGGAGGAUGGGUUAGCUGUUUGGGGGGAACUCUUCUCCGACGGUCUCCGGCAGGCUAAGCUCGGAGGACGUUGCGAGACGAUGGUUCGCCGCGGCAUCGCCUGGUUUGUCGAUGGUGCGCACACGGCGGAGAGCUUGGAGGAAGUGGCCAAGUGGUUUGCGGCGAAGCGCAAGUCUUUGCCCGAUAACGCGAAGGUCGUUCUACUAUUCAACCAACAGGAACGCGACGUCGUAAAAUUACUCGGUGGGCUACUUGAGGGUAUCAAGAGGGUUCUCAAUAUGUCAGAGAUAUUCGACCUUGCUAUCUUCACGCGGAACGACACACAGCGCAAGGCCGAGAACGAGCCGGAGCGAGAUUUGAGCGUUCAACAAGCUGCGGCAGAUGCUAUGCAAAAGCUGUGUCCCAAGACGAAGAGUGUGGUUGUGGAUAAUGUACAAGAAGCAUUUGAUAAGAUUGACGAAAUAGAGGGUGAUGGCGCUGAGAUCGCGGUUUUAGCCACAGGGAGCUUGCAUCUCGUAGGCGCGUUAUUGACGGCUCUGGGACCGGAUGAGGAGCUUAGGUAGAUGGAAUGGAUUUAAGGGGUGAAUACCUAGACGAUGAUAUAUAUUAUGAUUGGGACGGGACGGCGUUUAGGAAAAGUAAGACAUAGAUUCUAGGUUACGAGACCAUAUUCUGGGUUACGGCUGCACUUUCAACAGUGAGCUUCGGAAUACAUUUAUUUAACCAUGA